CUGUCUCUCUGUCUCUCUUAUUCAGUUAUUCUGGUUCACGCUUGACUCAUAUUUGAUGUUUUGUUUUGGUGCUUGAGCAUAAACCUUUGGUGGGUUGAUUGCUUUGCAAUUGAAAUUGAAUUUGCAUGGGGUGAGGUGGGGGUGGGUGGGUUUUCUGUCUGUCCCUUUGAUUGAUUGAACUAGAACUAUAUAUCCAUCGUCAAAAUUCAAGAGAGAGAGAGAAGUAGCAGUACAAGUGUUGUCGGCGCAAGGUCACUUUCUGUCGGCAUUGUCUGUAUCCAAUCCAACUAUGAUAUUGAUAUUUGAAUAUUUGAUUGCAUUUCCAUUCAAUUUAAUUUAAUCCAAAUUACAAUCCGGAUUGAUGCUUCUCCGAUUCUCCUCUCUUCUCCUCUUGUCUUUACAUUUUGAUUUCCACCUGCAUAUUCUUCCAUUCGUUCAUUCCUUCCUUCAUUCAAACAUGCCUCUUUUCUUUCUAUAAUUAUAUCUCCUGCCUGCAAGUUUCCAUGUCAUGAAAUUUCAAUUGGAUUUGGGUGGCAAUUUCCUUUCUUCUUCUCGUUGUUGUUGUUGUUGUUUUGGGAGGCUGUUCGUUCGUGUUGCCAUUGGCAAAUGAAGCUCGAGUAUUUAGACAACUGGCUGCCUUACUUUUCUGGGACAAGGACCAGAGUUAUCUGAUGGAAGACCAAUAAUAAGGAAAUAGAGAAUUGAAAAGAAAUAGUUACAUCUGAUGGAUUUAAAUUCCCUUGCUUUCCACGCACACCUUCUGUAGAUUAUCAUCUUCUGCGUUUUGUAUCCUCUGGAUUCCAGGUUCAAUGCAUGAUAAUUCGUUUUACAACAAUACUACCCAUAGUUGAAGUGGUUCCAUACCAAAUGUCAGCGUCUCUUGCAGCAAUACUAGGAGGUGCUGCAGGAGCCGUGACUUUGGUGGGGAUAAGCAUCAUACUCAUAUGGUUCUGUGUAUCUCGCAAUAGGAGUGUUCCAAGAACUUCUGAAACGGGUUCUUCAGAUCCUUCUAUUCAAGUGGGAAGACAUGGAGGGGUUGAGUUGUCAAUGCGAGAAACAAGGUGUUUUCAUAUGGAAGAACUGUCUCUGGCCACAAAACAUUUCAGUGAUAAAAAUUUGAUUGGGCAAGGAAAAUUUGGGGAGGUGUAUAUGGGAUUUCUCCAGGAUGGAAUGCUUGUGGCCAUCAAAAAGCGACCUGGAACAGCUAGUCAGGAAUUUAUCAAUGAGGUACACUAUCUCUCAGCUAUUCAGCAUCGGAAUAUUGUUACUCUCUUGGGUUACUGCCAAGAAAAUAAUCUACAGAUUCUUGUGUACGAGUACAUUCAUAGUGGAAGUGUUUCCAGUCACUUGUACGGCACUGGCCAGCAUUCACGUGAAAAGCUAGAAUUCAAGAACCGCCUAUCAAUAGCUCAAGGGGCCGCUAAAGGUUUGGCUCAUCUUCACUCUUUGAGUCCCCGUCUGGUGCACAAGGAUUUUAAAACAGCCAAUGUUCUUGUAGAUGAAAACUUCAUAGCUAAGGUUGCAGAUGCGGGAAUUCGCAAUUUCCUGGGAAGAGUUGAUAUUGCAGGCUCGUCUUCUCAAGUGGCUGCUGAUGAGAUGUUCCUUGCUCCAGAGGUCAGAGAAUUCAGACAAUUUUCAGAAAAAAGUGACGUAUAUAGUUUUGGUGUAUUCCUUCUGGAGUUAGUGAGUGGGCGAGAAGCAAGAGAUUUUGCAUCUUCUGACUCAAACCAGAACAUGGUUGAAUGGGUGAAAAAUAUUCAAGAGGGCAGCAAUGUAUCGUGCAUCAUCGAUGAGAGGUUGGGGAAUAGCUUCACAGGUGAAGCUAUGGAAGGGUUGAUACAGUUGAUCAUGCGAUGUGUGGAAACUUCGAGUGAGAGGCGACCAAGCAUGAGCAAUGUGGUAACGGAGCUGGACCGGAUAGUUGAGAAAGAGAUGAGCUUGACAACAAUCAUGGGGGAAGGAACUUCUACAGUGAUCCCGGGAAGUCAGUUAUUUAAAGCAACAAAAUAAAAAGACAUUGUGUGCGUAUGGCAUCGCAUCCUCCAAAUUAUUAAAAACUUGGAGGAGUGAUAUUUGUGAAAUAGUUGUUUUUUUUUUCUUCUGUGAAAAGAAAAAGGAAAUUGUUAUAUUUUUUUUUAGGUUUCCUUUACUUGCUGAAACAUGAAACAAGAGAAAGAGAAGAGAGAAGAGAAGAGAUAUAUCAGCUGUUCGAUGAGUGAAUAAAGCAUUAUUUUUUUAUUUGA